AAGCAAUCAUUUCCUUUCUCUGGCUGCAUUCUUGCAGCCAUUGAGAACUACUGUGUAAGCUGUGAUUGGUCACAGCUUGUCACAUGGUACAAGGCUGUUGUGAAUAGCCUUGUACCAUGUGACCUCUGUGAUCAUUCACAGAUGUCACACGUAGUAAGCAAUGAUGUCGAAGUGACAUCUUGCUUACUACUCUGCAUGUGAUUACUGAUUAGCCAAGCAGUGAUCACAUGAUCGGGACCUCGCACAGAGGUCCCGUAUAACGUCCCAGGGAGUGCGCACAGUCCAUAAUGGCGGGCACCGUUUAUGA